AACGAGUACGAGUACCUGCCGUACCGGUACCGAUAGGGCAAUAAGAAAACCAGAAAAAAAAUAGGCACGUCACUAUUUCGAUCUUUCAAAGCCAAUCUUUCCAUCGACCAACAAAUUAAAGAUAUUAUCCAACACUAAAAAUACUGCAGCAGAUCUUGGGCAGACCGAGUGAAGAUGUCGUCUUUUUUUUCUGCGCUAGGAAAUCGGAUUGUGCUGUGCCUCACCACAAUUCCAACAACGUUCUUGGGCUGGCUCAUAAUAAUCGCCAUUACCGUUGCUACUGCAGCUACGGCAGCUGCUUUUGCAUCGGUUUCGGGAUUUGUAAAUCCAAAAGAAGAUUACCAUCCUCCGUGGCAACAGCGGGAUGAUCAAGAGAACAGUGGUCCCCGCCGUUUCCGUUGCCAUUGGAGUAUCAAGCCUUUAUCGGCGUUUAUCUUUCCAGCGCUUGCCGAGGAAGUUUUUUGGAGGGGAAUCUUGAUUGGGCACCCAUCAGACGAUUACGGCACCUUUUCUUCUCUGCAAUUCAUACUUGCCGGAGUAUUUCUGGUGCUUCACGUGUUGGUGCACCCGGUGGCCGGAUAUACGUGUUGGCCCCGUGGAAGAAAAACAUUUGUGGAUUGGAGAUUCAUGGUGGGAGCCAUUUUCGUCCUAGGUGGGGCCACCGUGUCGUAUCUCCUGAGCAGUGGGAGUGCCUAUGCUGCAGCGCUAACGCACGGGCUAUGUGUGGCGUUGUGGAGGGAUUUUUUUGAUGGCGAAGCCAAACUGAUAGGAACGAGAACUCCAGUUGCAACUAUAUCGGAAAAUUACACCGGCGAAAACAUUAUUUCGGAAGAAUAUUCAUUAUGAUUGUAACGAAUACGGAGUACACCUAGAAGGUAGAAUGGAUGGUAACGAUAACCUUUCGUCCUUUUUAAUCGGAGAGAGCGCCAUGCUCAAAGCAAUUCAUUGCACCACUAAAAUUCUCUAAAGCGUUCGUUUGUUUCACAAUAGUCUCGUCAGUCAUUAAAUACGCACGUGUAUU